GAAGUAUAGAGAAUAGAUAUAGACAGUAGACAAUUUGAUUGACACCAAUGUUGAUCCAUUUCCGCUGACACCUUGAAAUUUGAAAUGUGUUUGAAAUUAAAUAAUCAGGACUCAAAUGAUGCAAGAAAUUGUUUAAGUGAAAUACGAUGAUACUUAUAUUUUUUUUAUUACGUACGUCUUGAUCUUCACUGCAUAGGUAUCAUUAAUGCUUAACACAACUGCGGUGUUAAACCUUGUUAAUUUUUAAAAUUUAAAAUUCGAGUAAUUUGUGUAUAUUGUACGUGUAAGAAGAGGUUAUAUGCGGUGGCAUAAUAAUGAGUUUUCCUGAGGAAAAUGGUUAUACUAAUACUCGAAAUGCACGUGGAGAUUCCAGGAAUGGUCUUUCUAUCAAACAAGCAUAUAGUACCGGUGGUCUGAAAGCUGGGGCGGUCAGAUUCCUGGGACUGGCAUACCGUGUGCUGUCUCGACGCAAGGCAGCAGAGGAGGGAGUAGCUCGUCUAGCAAGAGUACUUUCAGCUUUGGACCUGACUGCACUGGGAGUGGGUAGUACACUUGGAGUAGGAGUUUAUGUAUUAGCUGGAGAUGUUGCCAAAAAUUAUGCUGGUCCAGCUGUGGUCUUGUCAUUCUUGUUAGCAGCUGUUGCAAGUGUUUUUGCAGGUCUGUGUUAUGCUGAGUUUGGUGCUCGUGUUCCAAAAGCAGGGUCAGCAUAUGUGUAUAGUUAUGUUUGUGUUGGAGAGUUUAUCGCCUUUAUUAUUGGAUGGAAUCUCAUACUUGAGUAUAUAAUAGGUGCCGCCUCUGUAACCAAGGCAUUGAGCGAGUAUCUGGAUUCACUGUUAAACAAGGCAAUAUCCAGUCGCUUACUUGAAUGGAUGCCUAUGGAUUCACCACAUCUGGCCAAAUAUCCUGAUAUUUUCGCCUUUACUGUCAUAAUGAUUUUUUCUGUAUCGCUCGCGUUUGGAGUAAAAGAGUCGACAAAGUUCAACAACUUCUGUACGGGCGUGAAUUUAUGUGUUGUGCUGUUUGUCAUAAUAUCGGGCUCAUUCAAAGCUGAUACGAAAAACUGGCGUAUACCAGCAGAAGACGUCCCUAAAGGUGGUGGACGGGACUUCGGUAGCGGCGGCUUCGCCCCUUACGGGAUCGCUGGGAUAAUCCGGGGCGCGGCUGUCUGCUUCUAUGGCUUUAUUGGCUUCGAUUGCGUAGCAACGGCCGGCGAAGAAGCGCGUAGACCCCAGAAAAGCAUUCCCUUUGCUGUGGUCGCUUCGUUGUUAGUUGUGUUUCUUGCCUACUGCGGUGUGUCUUGCGUCCUCACACUUGUCUUGCCUUACUAUAUGCAGGACGAAAAGGCACCGUUCCCAUUCGUGUUCGAUCAAUUAGGGUGGAGUUGGGCUAAAUAUGCCGUCAGCGUUGGUGCCGUUUGCGCUCUUUGCUCAAGUCUUUUGGGUUCGGUGUUUCCUCUGCCGCGUAUUAUUUACGCGAUGUCAGCGGACGGCCUGCUGUUCCGUUUCAUGGGAGGAGUUAGCGAGAAGUUCCAUACACCGAUUGUUGGUACAGUUGUCGCGGGGCUUUUUACAGGCACGCUGGCGAUGUUAUUCGAGUUGGAGCAGUUAAUCCAUAUGAUGUCCAUCGGGACUCUGCUAGCCUACUCCAUGGUCGCCUCUUGUGUGCUUUUACUCAGAUAUGAGCGUACACAGAGUACGCGCACUGCGAGUGAAACAACACGUAUGAGUCUGCGAGGAUGCGUACGUCAAGUGUUCAACGUAGACGGCCUGACCACGCCCACGCAGCUCAGUGCCACGACUGUCAACGUACUCGUCACUUUAUACGGCGUAUGGUGUUUCCUGAUGAUGGGCAGCAUCAGUGGACACGGGGACGCGAUCCUGUCAGGCGCUCCAGGCCCGCUGGCGGCGAUGGUGGUGGGAUCUUUGCUGGUGCUCACCACCCUGUACGCUAUCUCACGGCAACCCGUUUCAGACAAGAAACUCGCUUUCUCGGUUCCUCUGGUACCGUGGUUGCCUGGUCUCAGUAUUCUCAUCAACGUCUACUUAAUGCUGAACCUCGACUAUAUGACGUGGAUUCGAUUCUCCGUCUGGCUAGCAGCUGGUCUUCUAAUCUACCUCACAUAUGGAGCAUGGCACAGCGCUGAGCGGCGACGCUCGCCCGAUGUUCAAUUGGCUGAACUGCACAAUGACAGCCACACGGCGCUGUUGGAGCACGGUGGAGCUGCUCACGCCCUUGGAUGACCUUCAACGGACCAGGCUGACCCUACUAGUCCAACCAGUCCUACCGGUACCAUCAUCUCUUUUAUAUCAAGCGUUUAGUGUACUCCUAUUAAUAUUGUCAAGGAAGACACUUAAGACUUAAAGGUAUGGUCAGCAAAAUUUAUAAAAAAGUCGUAAUUACUACCUACUUUUCCGCUGAUAUAACAUUUUAUACCAGUGUAUGCGACAUUUGAAUAAGCAUUUGUAUUUUGUUAGCAAGUAGUUUAGGAAUAUUUAGUAUAAAUGUAAGCAUUUCUUUUUAUUAGGACAAUCUAUGUUAACCAUUAAGAGGCUUUGUUACAAUAUUGUAUAUAUUUAUACAAUAUUAUAUAUUGGCUUUGUUAUAUGUACAAUCAUAAAAAUCUUGACUCAAUCUAAAUGAUUGUGCAGAGAUGAGUGCAGUGCAUGUUAAAAUUUUGUUUAACGCCAGUAAUGGUGGACAAAUAUUGUGAAAGUUAAAAAAUACUUAAUCAAAUCACAUUAUUUUUAACUUAAAACAUUUUUUAACGCAACUGUAAUCUCGUAAUUACCGCAACGUAGCAACAACGAGUCACUUAAAGCGGUUGUGGAAAUAAAUAAAUUUGUAAAUAUUUCUAAACUUGUACUCGUGUAUACAAAGUACUAUUAUUAUUUGUAUAUAAUUUCCGUGUAUCCGUGUUUCCGUGUAGUGACGAAUUAUUGUUGAUUUAAUUUAUCAUAAUUAAAUUGGACGUUUUAAGAGUGACACAAAUGUUUAUGUAAAACAAAUUUAAAUUUUUUCCGUCGUUCUACAAUUAAGCGAUUCGUAAGGGAAUUUCUGCCACGCACCACCACGAUGUGGAACCAGCUACCCACUGAAGUAUUUUCGAACCAAUUCGACUUAGGGACCUUCAAGAAAAGAGCGAACCGAUUCUUAAUAAGCCGGCAGCGCACUUGCGAGCCUUCUGGCUGUGCGAGUGUCCAUGGGCGGCGGUGUCAUUUAACAUCAGGUGAGCCUCCUACUCGUUUGCCUCCUGUAACUUAAAAAAAUUGCAGCUGGUGGUUGCAGAAAUAUUUUACCAUAAUUCGUUUAGUUUGUCAAACUUAUGGAAGAGAUGGAACACCAAAAGUAUGAAAUGCAUUGUCGAAUCUCAUUAACCGUUGCUUGUAUUUUGCCAAAGUAUUGUUUAUAGUGUAAGAGGAAACAAAGACCGCGUUUUGUCAUUUCAUAGCAUAUUGUUGUUUGUAUUUUUAAUUUUUAAGAUAGGUUUUCCAACGUUUUACUGCCAAUAAUUUGACAUUAACCAAAUAUUUAAAGAAAAACACUUUUUUAACGGAUUGAAGUUAUGUAUUAUUGUAAACUUAUAAUUAUUUAAACAUUAUUUUAAAUUUAUCCGACGUUCCGCGUGUUUUACAGCGUGCGUGGUCACGGUGGCUGAAGACAAAAUGUGUUGAAUGUCAAAUAAUUAUCACAGCUGUAGAAAAUGUUGUAUUAUUAUCUGUAUUUAUUUCGUUAAAAUUUGGAGUUGGUAAAAUCCAAUCCAAUCUUCAAUCCGUUAAAAAAGUGUUUUUCUUUACAUGCGUAAAAGUUAUGUUAAUAAAAGACAAUACUAUUAACUAAAUGUUUUUUAUUGAUUGUAUUACGUGUACUUAGAAGUGUCAUCUUCAGUAUUAUUCGAUCUGGCUGUGAGACAGCGGUAGUGUGUUAGUUAAGUUUUUAUUUCAUUUUGUUAAAUCGUUUAGAACGCUUGUUGUUCAGCUUAUUAAAUUGUCUUAAAAUAUU